AUGUUCACUGCCGCUCGGGAAGGACGGUCCAGGUUUGAUCUUAGAUCUAACCCAUCGAUCGUUACAACCAGGACAGUCACUGGGUCGUCGUUCGAUGAGUCGAACACGCCAAUCAGACUGUUCAAGUGUGAACACGUUCGCCUGUUCAGAUGUGAUAAUUCAAAUGCAUCCAACGUGCAUUGGUGGAGUAGUGGUUACGGGCUUGCCUCGCAUGUCAGAUGUCCGGGGUUCAAAUCCCGGCACGCUCUAAUAAGGGCGAAACUCGAGUCUAGUGCUUCACUUUGGUGUGGACUCACCGAAAUAAUUACGCCAGAACAGGGAUACGGCCGCUCAAACGAGAGUGGUGUGGCUAUGAACAAAGAUACCCAUCCCGCAAAACCCCAAAAUUGCAACUAUUCAAGAUCAUGCAGUCAUCAAAGAUCACCUCUGUUGGUUGUCUUCAAGGAACCACUUCUGAAAUAUUCCAUUCCCACUGGGCACAAUACAAGUCGGAAGCGGAGGAUGAUGGCUCAGCUGAAGGUGCCAGCUGCAGUCAGUUGGGACGUAAGCAGACACAAUAAACUAGGUGCGAUGAACCUCACUUCUUCUAUAUUCUUCCACAGGUGUUGUCAAACGAGCCGCACAGAGGAGACUAUCAACGACUAUCCAAUCAAGCGGAGACGCUUACGAUUGUUCGUUCAACACAAUCACACCCCAGCGUAUCCAGCUACCGUGGCCUCCACGUUACUAGAGGUGCGAAACCGAGAGCCACGGAAGAGAGCAAGAGUACAGUCUGUUCGAUCAAAGUACUUGAGUUCUGCGUCCUUGUUUCUGACAGACAACAGGUAUCAAUGCAGAGGGAAUGAAGCUUACGAGCAAGAAUUACUUUGUGCGAACAUUGAAGGUGAUCAAGUAGACAGUUUUAAAUCACACUUCGAAGUGUUGAGGAUUGUGACUGAACUCAGACGUACAGAAGCUGCAGCUGAAUGUGAUGCAUGGCGAGCAACUCGGACAGUCUUGGGGCUGGGAACUGUAGAGAAACAGUCAAAUUUGGCGAAAUACGGAAAACGUGAAAGUGUAAGAAGGGAGGCGUCAGUAGUAGCAUGUUUUCGCUUAACCACCCUGCUGUAUGCAGCAAGUAAGGUGACCCGGCUGAUGGCACUACUCGUCGGCCGAUGUAGCAUGAGAGUAUUGUUAAUUGUAGAUGUCACUGUUGUACGAAGGCCGGGAUACUGCCGGGAUGCCCACACCUAG